UGGCGUCGAACAAAGAGGGCUGUCGUGAAGUGGAAAUGAAUCCUUCCGUCGACAACCUCUACUUGGAAAAUCACGUCUUCAGGAAACUGGAGAUAAAAACAGCCAGUGCCUGUGAAGUGAACUGUUUUAUGGAUGCUGACUGCGUCUCGUACAAUCUGAGACAGCCACGGAAUCCAGAAGGAAAGUAUUUGUGUGAACUGAGCAAUUCGACAGACAAAAUUCAUCCCCUGGAUGUCAAAUUCGAAGCGGGAGCUGUCUACAAAUCAUUCCGGAACCCUUGUUCAGAUAAUCCCUGUUCUGCGAUCCAUCGAUGUCAAACAGGAUUCACCAGCAAAGGUUAUCGUUGUGUUUGCAGAAAUAGACUCUUUGGAAGCAACUGUACAGAAGCUCCUCCAUCAGUGCAAGUGUUUCCUGAUUCUAUCGAGACCGAGGAAGGCAAAAAAGUCUUCAUGACAUGUACAAUCAUCAGUAUUCCUCCUCCACACUUCAUUAAAUGGAGCAGGUCUCAACAAAGUCUACCUCCCACAAGAAGCCACGUUCGAGGAGUAAAUCUAACUUUGGAAAACGUCACCAAACAGGAUACUGGCUCAUAUGUGUGUACUGCAAAAAACAUCUGGGACUAA